GCCUUUUUAAGCAACUCACUUUUGCAACUUCAACAAUUCCCCAAUCGAUUCCAAGAGAGCCAUAAUGUCUACCCGAAGAACAAGAGCUACUAGGAACAAAAAAGACGAUGAGCUCCAUGACCUUGUGUCAAAAUUACAAGCAUUGCUACCAUCUUCCAGUUCUAGCUGCAAUAACACAAGGGUAUCAGCAUCAAAGGUUCUUGAAGAGACAUGCAAUUACAUAAAGAGCCUGAGAAGAAAGGGGGAUAAGCUAGGGGAAAGGCUAUCUGAACUACUGGAUUCUAUGGAAAACAAUGGUGUUGAUGUUGAUAUUCUCAGAGAUUUUCUGCAACAAUAGUGUGUGUGUGUGUGUGUGUGUGUGAGGGUGUUCACAAAGGCAAGCAGAUGCAUAUGUUAUUUGUCUUAUUAUCUGAUUGUCCCAUGUAUGUACACUUUCUGUGUAGGUUGUUGGACUCAAUCAGACAGAUAAUAGCUAUUUAAAUAAUACAGGUAUUAAUAUAAUAGUGUCUAUUUUGGUGUUUCUCAAUG